AUGCUUUUCCCUGUUCUUCUCGGUGCCUCACUGGCACAGGCAUCCCUGCAAUCCCUGACUUCGUUCUGCGGAACCCCGGACCCUACCGACAAGCAAAUCGCAAGAUCGCUGGUCGGCAGAGAUGCGAGCAGCGGGAGCAGUCUCCUGGCGGCCAACAUCUCCGUGCCCGUCUAUCUCCAUUCAAUCGCCCCAAAUGAAACAGCUCUAUUGAGUGUAAGAGUACACUCGUGCCUCGAAGAGCAAUUCCAAGUCCUACACGACACCUUCAGCAAAUACGGCAUCACAAUGACCCUAGGCGGCACAUCGCGCACCGUGAAUGCCACCUGGUCAACAGUCACAAACCCAACCGACGAACUCGCCAUGAAAUCCGCCCUCCGCAAAGGAAACUACCAAUCCCUCAACAUCUACGUGCAAGCAAUGCACCCGACCCUAGGCCGCUGCUUCUACCCCGAAGCAGACGCCUUCCCCGGCUCCGAGACGUUCAUCCUGGACGGGUGCCAGAUCGACGCCAACACGGUCCCCGGUGCGGACUCGCCUACGGGGAACGAUCGCGGGUACAUGGCGGUCCACGAGGUCGGACACUGGUUCGGACUGCCGCAUACCUUCCAGGGAGGAUGUACGGGGACAGAUUUUGUUGAUGAUACGCCUGCGCAGGCUACGCCUUCUUGGAAUUGUACGAUUGGGCAGGAUACUUGUCCUGAUUUACCCGGCGUGGAUCCUCUCUACAACUUUAUGAACUAUCAAGCAGAUAACUGUUGGAACGACUUUACGCCCGGCCAAGUCCAGCGAAUGCAUGAGCAGUGGUCGACGUUCAGGGCGAACAUCACAGUCUAA